CGAGGUGUCUGGUGAAUACAAACAAAACCUGCUGCCACUGCUUCCGUGCAGCACAGAAGAAGGAGAAACAGAAUGAGAGAAGCAAACAAGUUGAUUUUGGUCUUUUUCUGCAGUGUUCUGUUCUGGGCCUUGUGUGUUCCUCAAAAAAGUCAGGUGUCUCAGCCCGAUGCAUUUGAAACAGUUGAACUUGGAGACUCGGCAACCAUUCGGUGCUUCGUGAUGAGCCCAGUGUCGAAAAGAGUGUGGUACAAAGUGACUGUGGAGAGGAAACUGGAGCUUGUUGCGAUGCUGGAUGCUACCCAUAAUAGCAGCGUAUUUGUUGAUGAAUCUCAUCAGCGUUACUCUGUGAAAUUUGACUGGAUCAACAACCAUCUGGUGAUUUCUCCAGUUGCAUGGAGCGAUGCUGGGACAUAUUUCUGCGGAGCCGUGCACCUCGACAACAUUCAGUUUGGAUCUGGGACCCAUUUGCUGCUGAAAGGUGUGGAACUCACCAAUGGUUAUGUGCUCAACUGCUCUGUUCCGUCUGAUGGCAUGGACGUUCCCGAGACACAUCAAACUAUGAGAUCCCCAUUGCCAAUCGCUAUCUUGGGCAUUUUCCUGCUUCUCGUUUCAUGCAUGAUCACCGCAGGAAUCUACUGUCUUUUCACAGGAUCACAUUGUUCCCACACCACUGGUACAGAGGAACAUGUAGCCCACCUCAAAGUCAUGAGACCAAAGAAAAGAGACGACACAUGGAUUCAUUUGACAGCUUUAAAACUGGCAUUGAAGUUUGAAACGGCUGAUGUUGGGCAGACCGUGACUUUGAAAUGCAACUGUCAGAUCAAAGAAAUGCUGCUGUGUUACUGGUUCAAGCAAAGUCUUGGAGAGAAACCAAAGUUGUUGUCCACAUUCUUCAGCCACAAAGAUACGGGCAACUUGGAGAAGGAAUUUAUUGAGGACUCACGUUUCGCUCUGGAUGUUGGAAGCUACAAAAAUGACUUGGCGAUAUCAGAUCUAAGAAUUUCAGACUCAGCAACAUACUUCUGUGUGGCAAGCAAUCUAUACAACUUUGAAUUCUGCGAGGGGAUCACUGUCAGUGUUCAGGAUUCAGGUUUGCCCAUCGAAACCUCAAUCUAUCAGUCAGUAUCUGGAACAAACCAAACAAGGGACUCUGUGAUGCUCAACUGUAUGGUGCACACCAGGGGCUGUGAUCAAGAACACAGAGUUUACUGGUUCAAAAGCUCUGGAGACAGUCACCCAGGGCUCAUUUACACUCAUGGAGAUGGCAGUGAUCAGUGUGACAGGACACCCAGCACACAACCUCACACCUGCAUCUACAACCUGCCGAUGAAGAGCUUGAGUCAGCCUCAUGCUGGGACCUACUACUGUGCUGUCAUCGCAUGUGGACGCAUUGUGUUUGGAAACGGGACCACGCUGGAUUUCAAUGGUGAAGCUGAAUCUUCUACCUUGGUGUAUUUUCUGGGGACGGCUUUGGCACUCACCACCAUCCUGAUCGUUUCCCUGGCAUUCGCAGUGUACAAACUCUGCAAAAGACUCCACUGUGCAGAUUCUGGUACAUUUCAACCGACUUCAACCACAAUAACAGCGUUGAGUGAAGACGGAGAAACCCUUCAUUACGCUGCUGUGGAAAAGUUCAAGGGGAAAACUUCAAAAAGGAAGUCAACCACAAGUGAAUGCGUGUACUCUACAAUAAAGCAGUAACAGAAACAAAAAAGGUCUGCUGUA